AUGUGCAACCUGGAAACGCUGGCCGCUGCUGAUGCCGCUGCUGCUGCCGUUGCCAAUGCUGAUGCGCUGGUAUGCCGGAGUGCUGCUGUGCUGCUGGGUGAGGUGGCCGCUGCUGUCACCAGUGCAUACAGACCGUACCUAUCUGUAUGUACAGCUACGGGGAGGAGCCCCGCUAGCGAACCGAAGCUCGGCGCCGAUGGGGGUUGA